AUGACGCAACGAGAUCCGUUGGAGCUGUUGCAUGGCGUCCGCCCAUCCCCCUGGGGGCUGCGGUGCAUCGCCCUUCACCCCGCCUCUCGCGCCUGUGCGGCGCUGCGGCAGUUGAUCAUUGUUGCGGAGGAAAAACGACGCCGCCCUGCCGGUGAGGAGGACAGGGAGGCCGCGGUGCUCCUGACGCGGCUUGUGGAGUGGCCGCUUCCCGUUCUUGCCCGCGGCGCCUCCGUGCUGCGCGGGCUGCGUGACGUCGUGCGCGGGUGGAUCGCCGCGGCGCAGGCAAAAACGCUUCUCCCCCCGUCUUCAUCUUCGACGCACUACCGACGGCUGUACAACAUCUGCCUCUGGCAGCGGCGCCACCCACUCUUCCUCCUCGCCCCUGUCCUCGACGCCUUUGGCGACCAGCUGUCGUGUGAGGCGCUGAAUGAUAUGCUGGAGGCUCUCUCGCAGCAUAUAUUGGGCAGCCUGGGCAACGUACCCCACCUGCUGCGCGGUGAUGUUCUUAUGACCUACCCGCGUCUUCCGUUUCCGCGGCAGCUGCAACUCAUGGAGUCCCUCCGCACGGGCUAUGCGCUGGAGAAGUGUGGAACGCCACCGCCACCGGAGUUGUAUCUUGGGGAGUACGUGCGCCACGUGCCGCCGCGCUUUGGAGCAGAUACUCUCAGUGCGGCGCAGUACGCAGAGCUACGGCGCGCCUUUGAGCUACAAAAACAGACAGGCAUAAGGCGACUGCUUUCAUGCACGCCGUAA